AUGGUUAACAUCCCAAAGACCCGUAAGACUUUCUGUAAGGGUAAGAAGUGUAAGAAGCACACCCUCCACAAGGUUACUCAAUACAAGACUGGUAAGGCUUCUCUCUUUGCUCAAGGUAAGAGACGUUAUGACCGUAAGCAAAGUGGUUUUGGUGGUCAAACCAAGCCAGUUUUCCACAAGAAGGCUAAGACUACUAAGAAGAUUGUUCUUCGUUUAGAAUGUACCGUCUGUAAGUACAAGCAACAAAUUGCCAUUAAGAGAUGCAAGCACUUCGAAUUAGGUGGUGAAAAGAAGACUAAGGGUGCUGCCCUCCAAUUCUAA